AUGUCUGUUCGUAGAAUAGCCAUCAGAUGCCUUAAUUACGGCAAGCCACAGAACCCAGCGUACAAUGCGUCGCUGUCGAUGCGGAUAGAGCCUAUCAAGCGCACGGGAGAGACCCGGGAGACAAAAAAAGCCCGGUUGGUGUACCAAUCAAGAAAGAGAGGAAUUUUGGAAAGUGAUUUGUUACUUUCUAGAUUUGCGAAAAAACAUUUGGAUAGUCUCAGCGAUAGCCAGCUCGACGAGUACGACCAGCUUUUGGAUGAACCGGACUGGGAUAUCUACUACUGGGCCACCAAAAACUACGAUGUGACUCCGCUUCCGGACCGGUGGAAAGACAGUGAAAUUUUGAAAAUGCUUCAAAAGGAUGCACAAAAUGAGGACCGGGAAAUCAUGCGGAUGCCCGAGUUGUGA